CAUAGCUGUUGCAGCAGAUAAUGUAAUGCGCCGUAGGUACAGAACUGUACAGUAUUGCGUUUCUGAAUGGUAACUGCUAGUGGGUAGUAUUACUGCUGUGCAGUAGGCGGACCCGCGUGUCGUCUCGCUUCGUUUUGCCUCGUGGAACCGAAUCUUACGAACUUAGGCUGGUGGACUGCGCCGGACAUUACCAGCUUUGGUUUGCAGCCGAUGUUUUACUCGUUCGUAGAGCCGCAUAGGAAUCGGACUACGCGCAUUCGUAGUAGCGUCGUUAUGCGGCAGGUCUUGGUUGGCAGUCCUCACAGCCCCUGCGCAUAUAAGAAGCUGCGUUAGAAGCUAAGUUGGACGCGAAGUUAGGAACGAAGUUGGACGCUACGAUUCCGACUCGGAGCCCGAAGAGGGCGGGCGGACGAACAAUGCCGCCCUAGUGGCGGCGGCCGCGUCGACUUACAUUUUUUUUUUUUUCGCGGAAUCGAUCGCACAGUAGUUGUAGCUAUCAAUCCCCGCUGUAUCGUCGCACACUACCGUCGCUAACCAUCGGGCACUGAAUUUCGCAUACCAUCGCUCACACACUACCCUAGGCCAAUCAUAGUAUCAUCCAGGAUCUUAUCAGAAUUCCUUAUAAGCGUUGAACGCACUUUUUCGGACGCCUAAUCUGUCAAUAUAGUUGUACUACGCUCGUAGUAGUAAUAGUAGUCGUCGCUCUAGAGCGGCGUGAUAUAGAUGACUCGUAUUGGCGCGACGAUGGGGCAUUACCGCGCGCCGCGCGCUGCGCGCCAAUUCUGUCGCCUCGCCGCACUUGUCGCUUGGGUCGUCGCAUGGGUCGCACUGGCCGUGUGGAUCGGCGUGUACACGCGGCGAGCGGCCGAGGCGCCGCGACAGACGGCGAUCACGAACUGGUGCGCGGAGCGGGUUCGGUACCUGCACGCGGAGUUCGAAUCGAAUGUGAAACAAGUGGAGAUAUUGGCGGGGUUGGUCAACCAGUUCAAUGGGUUCAGUGCGGUGCCAGGCAACAUGUCGUUCUGGGGGUACUCAGGCUGCGUGGACAAGGUUACCUGGGAGGUGCACCGUGCGGUUACCGGUUUCGCCAGGCCCUGGGUUACUUCGCUGUGGGGCGCCGUUAUCCAGGACAAGGACAGGCCCUGGGUGGAGCAACAGCUCAACUGCAAGUUCCGUUCCCCCAACGGCACCUUGGCUCCCCCCAGCCCGUGGUACAGCAUCAACUUCUUUGCAUUCAAUUCCCUAUUCGGCUUCAGCGCGUGCCUCGACUUCGGCGCGGCAUUCCCCGACCAGAUGGUGCAGAUGAUCGCCACGGGGAAGCCCGUCAGCUCCGCUGCUAUGCUGGCACCGAAUGGGCGUCUAGGAUACCUGUACGCGUUUCCGAUGUUCCGGAGGCCUGUAACGGAUCAGAACUCUAAGGAGGACAUGGAGGCGAGUGUGGCGGGGUUCAUCGGGUGCGGGCUGGACGUGGCGAUGCUGGUGACGCACGCGCUGGUGGAAGUUCUCCAUAAUGAUUCCGACAUAUUUUCACUGGAGCUCUUCGACAUCACCGAGCCGGCCCUCCCCGUCCCCCUGCACCGCCCCAACUCUUCCGCUCAGCAGCCCCACCAGCCGCAGCAGAACCUCUUCACCACCCCCAGCCCUACCUUCCCAAGCCUCAACUACAGCGUCGCUGAGCCUUUCCCCGAGCCUGUCGUGGGCCGGCAGAUCCAGGCCUACUGCACGCACCUGGUCCCGGGGAGCUCCUGGGCUUUAAUCUACGCGCCGCUGCUCCUCUCCCUCCUGGUCGUCCUCGUUGCAGCGCUCCUCUCAGUGAUCAUAGUGGUUCUCCGACGCAAGGGCGCAGCGAUACGAGCGGAAAUGAGAGAGGCGGAGGAGUAUACGCUCCUUUUGGAGCGCGCCGAGCGCGCGAAAAGCGAGAGUAUCGCGUGUUUGAGCCACGACCUGCGGACGCCGUUCAAUGGGAUGCUGGGGAUGAUGGACGAGUUGCUGGACACCCAGCUGGAGGAGUGGCAGAAGCGCGACGUGGUGGACGCGCGCACGUACGCGGCGACCGUGAUCGGGCUGCUGAAUACAAUCCUGGAUUUGGCAAAACUGCAGGCGGAUAUGCUGCUCUUGGACUCCGUGCCCUUCAGCCUGCACCAGUGCCUGGAGGCGGCUGCAAGAUCUCUCUUCUCAGACGCGGAGGAGAGACAUCUUGAAUUUUUCUGCCACGUGGAUCCAAGCGUGCCGGACAUUUUGAUUGGCGAUCCAACCCGAGUCACUCAAGUCAUGCGCGAACUCAUGGGCCACGCCAUCAAGAGCACCCUGUCCGGCCAUGCAGCCUUCCACGUCUGGUGCCUGCCCUCCCUGCCUCACCCCACCACCACUACGACCACAAGCGAAGGCACUGCUCGUGCUGCUACUAAUGCUCCUUCUCCUGCUUCGGCUGCUGCCAAUGCCCCUGCUGCUGCUGGGACGCUUGCCACUGGUGGUGCACACCAGGCGACCAGAGAGUCUGGUUGCAAGGGAACGGGCGGAGGAGAGAUCGUAGUGGAUGGGACAAUAGGAGCAGCCUCUGCUGGGAGGUUAGCAAAGCGAGAAACACAGGUCAGAGACCAUGGCCAGCAAGGUCACCAGCAGCAGCAGCAGCAGCAGCAGCAGCAGCCGCAAAAUCAGAAACAGCCGCAAAAUCAGAAACAGCCGCAAAAUCAGAAACAGCCGCAAAAUCAGAAACAGCCGCAAAAUCAGAAACAGCCGCAGAAUCAGAAACAGCCGCAAAAUCAGAAACAGCCGCAGAAUCAGAAACAGCCGGAACAGAAGCUGAUUCAGCAAGAACAGAAGCAGACGAGCGCAUCAGAGGUGUGGCUGGCCUCUUGGCUAUCAUCAGCACAGCAGCAGGCUCUAGGGGUGCCGUCCUCCCCCCCUUCUUCCUGCCCCUAUCCCUCCCCACACUCUCUUAACCGACGCUGCAAACCCCGUCAGGUGCCUCGCUGGCAGCAGCAGCAGCAGCAGCAGCAGCAGCAGAGUCAUGGCAGAAGUCAUAAACGAAAGCAGCUCAACACCAAAAACAACAGCAGCUGUGGCAGCAGCGGUGGCAGCAGUAGCAGGAAAGAGGACUUCCCCCUAUCCGCCUCUGCUCAGCAGCUGUGCCAGCAGCUCGAGGGGUUUGUGAAACGGUUCCAGCAAAACGUGGUGUUUGCUACUGUUCCCACUGGUGCGACACGUGGCAGCGGUCGCAGAAGCAACAGAAUCGGCAGCGGCGGCGGCAGUGGCAGCAGCAGCGGGAGUGAGGGUAGUGUUGGAGGCAGGGUGGAUGGAAGCUCAGGGAAGCGGAAGCUAGCCUGGUCCAUGUUUGCUCGAGCUCCUGGGAGCAUUCUCAAGUCGUGGCUCGGUGGAAGGGCCAGCAGCGGGAUUGGCGACCAUUUCUCAAAGAUUCUCGAGACACAAAGACUUUCUGCAGGUGGUGCUGGUGCUGGUGAGGGGGGGGAGGGUGAGGGGGAGGCGGGGAAAGAAGGAGGCGAUAUCGAAGAGGCUUAUAGUGGGCGGGAGAGGGGAGAUGAGGUAUGGAGUGAACAGAGGGGCAAGGGAUAUGAAGGAGAGGAGGAUGAAGGAGAAGGGGGGGAGGGAGAGGAAGAGGAAGAGGAGGAAGCAGAAGAGGAGGAGGAGGAGGAGGAGGGGGAGAUAGGUGCGGAUCAGGUGGGUGAGAGCUGUCUCAGAGUAGCACGAGCGUCCGUGGGGGCGUGGGUAAGCAGCAGCAGUGAAACCACCUUUGAGCCGGCUCACAACCAGGCACCCACUGGAUCAACGGCUCACAGGACGUUUGGGCGCCGAGCGACGUUUAGUCACCAGCUACCAGGGUCAAGCGAGUCUAGGAAGUCAAGGGAGUCAACGGAAGGGGAGGUGCUGCUGGUGAUGGUGUGUGAGGACACUGGGUGUGGUAUCCCCUCAGAGGAGCUGCUCUGGGUGCUGGACCCUGCUGGGCAGACUGCCAGUGGCAGCAGCAGUGGCAACACUGGUAGAGACAGCAACCGCAGUAGCAGCAGCAGCAGCAACAGCGAGGGCAAGGCUAUCACGGCCAGCAAUCGCGACAGUAUCAGGGGCAGCAGCAGAUACAGGAAGGCUGUUGACGGGGUGCAGAGUGGUGAAGAGGGGCUAGGACACAGUGAAAAGGGGAUGCAGAGCGGUAAUGCAGCGGUGCAGAGGCCGCCUGACUGGAGCCCGUAUCCCGUCCGCUUCCUCUUGUCCACUGGGCUCGUUCGUCUCAUGCGGGGAUCCAUGGGGGUUGCAUCGGAAGAGGGCGUGGGGACCACCAUCCUAGUCAGCCUACCAAUGAGAGCGCGCCACCUGGCAGGAGACGAUUCAAUCCCCGUGGACGAGACCAAGGCUGGGGAUGCCGGGCCCUGGCUGGAGGCUCGGCGGAGCGUUUUAGGUUCGGUCCGAGGCAAGCGAGCAUUGGUUGUGGAUGGGAUGAGGCUGAGAAGAGAGGCUGUGUGUGAGUGCCUCAGGUACCUUGGGAUCUCUGUUACUGUAGCUGCUACAGCCGCCAGGGCGGGGUGCAUGCUGAUGGGCAGCGGCUGUAGCAGCGGCAGUAGCAGGUGGGGGGAUGAGGCGAGGGAUGGGGAGGGGGAGGAGGAUGUGGAGGGAGGGAUGGGGGAGGAGGUGGAGGAGGAGGAGGAGGAGGGGGAGGAGGAGGAGGAGGUGGAGGAGGAGGAGGAGGAGGAGGAGGAGGAGGAGGAGGAGGAGGAGGAGGAGGAGGAGGAGGAGGGGAAGGAGGGGAAGGAGAGGAGUAUAGAAGUGAGUGAGGAGGAUUUUCGGCGAGGAGGGAAGGGUUCUGAUAUGCAUAAAGCUAGCGGUACCAGUAAUGGUAGCUACGGCGGCAACUGCGACAGCAACAGCGACAGCGACAGCAGCAGUGGCCAAAGCAAGGCGUCCCGAGCAGUAGCCUGGCAGGGCAGCAGCAAGCGAAGCAGCAACAACCGACUGAGCCCAAGCAAGCCCUUCCCUGGUGCUGAGAGCCUCACCAGCUUUAUCAUAGACGAAGGGGUGGAGGGAGAGGGGAUGGAGGGCAACCAUGGAUCGGGCCGAAAUGCGUGGGAGGAGGAGGAAGCGGAGGGAGGAAAGGGAGAGGAGGGAGAGGAGGGAGAGGAGGGAGAGGAGGGAGAGCAGAGCGGGGGACCUGGGAGUUGGGAUGCGAUCUUUAUCGAGGCCGAUGCGUUCGGCCCGGCAACAGGGUUCGGAUUUGGCAAGAGGGUCAUCUCCCAAUGGCAGCACCUGCAGCACCACGGCGGACGAGAAACGCCACCCCCGUCGCCCACCACCCCGUACCCGCUCCCCGCGUCUUCGUCGUUCCCCUCGUCCUCCUCCUACCCGCCCGCGUCCCCCCCCCUGGCGCACCCGCUGCCCCCGCCGCUGCCGCCGCUGGUGCUGACGGGGAGGAGCGCGUGCGAGGAGGCGCAGGCGAAGGCAGCGGGUUUCAGUGAUGUGCUGGUGCGGCCGUGGCUGGCUAGUGACGCUGCAAGGCUCUUGCAAGAGAUCUUUGCAGCAACGCCAGCGGGUUCCGGGCCCUCCUCCAACCCCUCAGCUGCCACUGGUGCUGCGGAGGAAGAAGACCUGCCCCACCAGCUCUUAUCCCGCUUAGCAGUGGAGGACGCAGCGGCGGUGCUAAGAGACAUGCUUAGCGGGCGGGAGGUGCUGGUGGUGGACGACAACGCGGUCAACCGCAUGGUGGCGCGGAAAUGCUUAAUGGGGUUUGGAGCGAGGGUGGAGGUGGCGGCCAGUGGGGAGUUGGCGCUGCAGCGGCUGCAGCAGCCGCACACAUUCGUGCUGGCACUGGUCGACAUCAACAUGCCGCCUGGCAUCGACGGGUUCGAGACAUGUCGCCACAUCAGGGCGCGAGAAGCCCUUUCAAGCCCUGCUGCUGCUGCAUCUUCUUUUUCCGGUGCUGCUGCUGCUGCUGCUGCUCCCACCGCCCCGCCUCAUCUCUGUGUGGUGGCGCUGACAGCAGACCUGGACGCUCACAUUCGCAAGGCGUGUCUCCAAGCCGGGAUGGACGGGGCAAUCGCCAAGCCCAUAGUGGCUCAGGAACUGCUAUCAAGACUCAGGGCUGCUGGGUUCACCGCACCUUCCUCGUAACCUGCCGCUGCAACGAGGUGACUUUUAAGUCGAACCAAAAGUCACCUCCUCACUCUCCACUUCCUCCGGUACCUCCUGUCCCUGCCACUCCUCCCGCCACCCUGCUUCGUGUCCCUGUGCUGUUUUUGAGUCGGCUCAAAAGCGCUGCCCCGCCUCGGCUGUGGGUGAUGGCGCUGACAGCAGACCUGGAUGCGCGCAUUCGCAACGCGUGAAGGCAGUCCAGCAUGGACGGGGCGAUCGCCAAGCCCAUAGUCCAGGAGCUGCUAUCAACACUCAGGGCUGCUGGGUUUACCGCACCUUCCUCGUAAGCAUCCUCGUUCCUCGCCCUUCUCCUCCUCUACCUCCUCCUGCUCCCGCUCCCACUGCCGCUGCCGCUGCCGCUGCCGCUGCUGGUGUUGCUCCUCCCGCCGCCCCGCCUCGGCUGUGUGUGGUGGCGCUGACCGACAGCAGACCUGGACGCUCGCAUUCGCAAGGCAUGGCUUCAGGCCGGCAUGGACGGGGCAAUCGCCAAGCCCAUAGUGGCCCAGGAGUUGCUGUCUGCCCUUGGAGGCACAGGCUUCACUGCUGCACCUACUGUCUCAUCAUCGCCACUGUCCCAUCCUGAGUUGCAUUGCACGCCUUGUACAGCUCUCAAUGCUAUGGCCAACACCAGGAUUAAGUGCGUGCGUGCAUUCGCAAGGCGUGUUUGCAAGCCGGCAUGGACAGUGCGAUUGCCAGGCCAUUAGUCGCGCAAGGGCGCUUAUCCGCUCUCGCAGCUGCUGGGUUCACCACCACACACUACCACACCGCACCUCCUCCCACCUGAUUGGUAUUACUUAUACCUAAACACUCUUUGCUGCUCACUCUUUGUUCCUCCGCGUCUUCCACCAGAAUGAUGCCGCUGUCGUUACGCACACCGUGCGCUGCUUUUACUGCUGCUUGCGGCACCUGUUAGUGGGCCUGGCUUUUGAGUCGACUGAACAGUAUUCACCGCACCGCACCGCACUGCGCCUUCCACCUGAAUGAUGCCGCUGUCGUUAUGAACACCAUGCGCUGCUUAUACUGCUGCUUGCGGCACCUGUUAGUGGGCCUGGCUUUUGAGUCGACUAAACAGUAUUCACCGCACCGCACCGCACCGCACCGUGCCUUCCACCUGAAAGAUGCCGCUGUCGUUACGCACACCGUCGCUGCUUAUACUGGUGCUGCUGCUGCGCGCGACGGCCGUUCCUGGACCUAGUCGCUUCCUUGCCUGUUUAUGUGGCUGCACCAGGCCGGAACGGAGUGACACGAUACAACAAGCACGCCCAUAUCAAAGUUGGAGAAGUGAAUGUUUGAUAGAGUGAGAGUACACACAGAUAUACCUACGUGUUGUACUCUCUAAGAGGCGACCCUAUAUAGUCUAUA